AUGAGCGAGAGAACACCAUAUAAUGGUACUACCUCAAACAUCCCGGAAAUCAUUGAUCCCGGAAUAACUAUCCCAAUCUAUGAAGAGGAUAUCGCUGAUGAAACGACUUUUCGAGAUCAACCUGACAAAUUAGGUUCAUACAGAGUUAGGGCUGGUAGAAGAAUCUCAAACAAAUUCAGUAAUUUUUUACCCUCAAUAAGUGCUAAGUUACAUCAUUCGAAGAAAUCAUCAUCACAGGAAAAAGUAAACGACAAUGACGACUCUAAUUCUACUAUAAUCAAUGCGGAAACUUUCAGGGAUCAAAUCAUUCUUCAAAAUAAUACGGCGAAUCCAUAUCAAAGUGCCCAUCCUGAUUAUGAAAUGCCUGCAAAUUAUCUUUUAGAGUCCAUCGAAAAUUACUCUGUACCAAAGCAACCCAUUACGAGAUCAAGAAAUAAUACAAUUUCCUCUCAAAUUACUAUGGAAUCAUCCAUAUUACAGCCGUUCAAUGCAACUCAGAAUACUUAUAAUCUGUGGACUCCUAAUAUAGAACAAUCAAAUUUUGAUCCGUAUAAUCAGACUCAGAGUGUUGUCCCACUAGAGAGCACUACUACAGCACAUUCAGAUUAUCAAACUCCAGUGAGAUUCAGUGAUAACCAUAGUGUAAUUUUAGACUCCGCCGGUAGUAAAAAUAUUUGGUCUCCAGAUAUAACAUCUCGACGUAAAUCACAUUCUGUAACAUCACCAUUGAAAUCUGACGCAUUACUAAACCAACAAAAACCGUUCUCCAAUGAGUACCCCAUUAUGCAUGAUGACGUCGAUGCUAAUACCAUUAACUGGGUUACAACAAGUAAAAUGGCGCCACCGAUUAAUCAAGUCCCCACAUUAUUACCCACUAAUACAGUCGCAAUAUCAAAUAUUUUCCCUUUGCAGCAAUUUCACCCAAAGUUGGCUAAUGUUAUCAAUUUGACAAGUAGUGCCUUGACAUUACUUUGCUCAAAAUAUGGCAAUGUCGUUUCAGUGAGAACUUUGAAAGGGCUGAAUAUGGCAUUAGUCGAAUUUCAAUCCGUAGAUGGGGCUAUCCACGCUUUAGAAGUCUUACAAAACAAAAGCAUUUCCGUCGUUGGUAUUCCAAGUGCAAUUUCCUUUGCAAGAAUCCUUUCGUUCGAAAACACUGAAAUGAAUAAUAUUUCAAACCUAUUUAACGUAGACUCCUCAGUUCCACAUUCUUUAUUACAAGAACAGCUUUACAAUGGAUCUAUCUCCUUCCAGUCGCAAGGGAAUAUCCAAGUCCCAAUAUUCAAAGACCAAUUAGAAGUACACGCUGUAGAUUUUAAGCAUGAAAACAUGACUACCCAGAUUACACUACCAGUGGAACCUGAAAAAUGCCCAUUCGACUUACCUCCACCUUCUGUCAAAACAAUAAGACAUGAUUUAAAAAAAACUGUUAAAGCAUUCGAUGUUCCAUUUGACAAAUCCCGGAUUAAGUAUAUGAUCCAUAAUGCAGUUCAAUGCAGGAAGAUUCAUGUCGAUUUAGCAAAUUUUGGACCAACACCUGAACCAAUACUUAAUCGUGAGUUUCAAACUCCAAAAUUACGUGAAAUACGUAAAAUGUUGGAUGCGAACACAUUAAGUCAAUUUGAAAUUGAACAAUUGGCAAUGUGCAUGCUAGAUGAAUUACCAGAAUUGAGUUUUGAUUAUUUGGGGAAUACUAUAGUUCAGAAAAUUUAUGACAAGUCCAGUGAUAUAAUUAGAGAUAUUAUAUUAAGGAAGAUUAGUCCUUUUUUGACCUCUCUUGGGAUUCAUAAAUCUGGUACAUGGGUAUGUCAAAAAGUAAUCAAGCUGGCACAUAAUCCUCGGUCAGUGAAUUUGAUUGUCGAGGGAAUAAAGCAGUAUUGUACUCCCUUAUUUAAUGACCAAUUUGGUAACUACGUUAUACAAAAAGUUUUGAAGUUGGGAGUACCAUGGAAUAACUUUAUCUUUGAAAGUAUAAUUGUCAAUUUUUGGGUAAUUUCAUCAAACAGAUACGGUUCAAGAGCUGUGAGAGCAUGCCUAGAAAGUGAUAUUAUUACAACCGAGCAAACUCUGAUUCUUAGUUCUAUGAUCGCUUUGUAUGCGAAGUAUUUGAUAACCGAUAGUAAUGGUACGUUAUUAAUCACCUGGUUGUUGGAUACUUGUGAUUACCCGCAGAAGUACAUUUCGUUGACAAAUAGUAUCGUAGAGCUAUCAACACUAGCACAUCUGUGCUGUCACAAGUUAGGUUCAUUAACAAUCUUGAAACUCUUUUCAACAAGAGCUAACGAAGACUGUAAAAAAUUAAUUGUUAACGCACUUCUUGACGAAAGUGAAAUAUAUUUGGAUGGAAAUACAUCUAAGAAGAAUAUACUAGAGUAUAUUCUAAAUGAUAAUAGCUACGGUUGCACUUUUAUCUAUAAGCUACUAUCGUCUAGAGUACUAGAAGACGAGACGAAGAAUAAGGUUAUGGAAAGAACCCGUCAUAUCUUACUGUCAAAUAAGUCGAUUCAACACUAUCGAUUAAUGGACGAAGUGGGCCUAGUCACCAUAAGCACACAGGAAAGAUCAUCGAAACAACAUCACAAAAUGAGAACUGUAAACAGCAAAGAUACAAGAAGCGUGAGAGGAAUGUCAUUAUCUAGCGUGCGCAGUAACAAUGUCCAGCCAUUAACUCCUGUAACCCCAAUAAUAAAUGGCAAUUAUGACUACGACAAUUUUAACACGUAG